AUGGCCUCUCCGUCCCUUCCAACUCUCCUCAUCUCUCUCCUCCUCAUCUCCACCUACACCCAUUGUAUACAAGCCCAAGUGGAUGGCAGCUCCUCCAUGCAGCUGACCACUGAGUCACUUGAAUGGCCAUACAGCAACUCCAUGUAUGGUUUUGAUGAUGACAUGGAAGAUGAAGAUGUUGAUGUCAAUGGCAUGAUGAUGAGUGCUAGAAGGGCUCUGUACUGGCGCAUACACUACUACAUAUCAUAUGGAGCCCUCUCAGCCAAUAGGAUCCCAUGCCCACCUCGCUCUGGCAGAUCUUACUACACCCACAACUGUUACAAGGCCAGGGGCCCAGCUCACCCUUACAGUAGGGGCUGUUCAAGGAUCACACAGUGUAGAUGA